AUUGCGUGGCUAUGGCCGCUGGAUGGAACAAGCUAGACGGUGCCAAGGCGCUCGUCGAUAGCGGCAUAGACGGGGUCCCAGAUUUCUAUGUCAAGCCCCUCGAUCAGAGGCUCUCUCCUCAAGAUCUAGAGCUCCACGCCGGUGAGCAGGAGGACGAAGUCCCGGUGAUCGAUGUCUCCCCGCUGCUGGAUUCCAAGCCUACUUCAUCCGAUCGCAGCAAGGAGGAUGUAAUCGCCGAGCUGCUGGAUGCGAGCGAGAGAUGGGGCUUCUUCCAGGUUAUCAAUCACGGCAUCGGCAGCGAUCUCACGCGGCGGAUGCUCGCCGUGGCUCACGAAUUCUUCCAGCUGCCGCUCGCGGAGAAGAUGGUCUUCUAUAGUACGGACAUAGACGCCGCCGUGAGGUACGGCACGAGCUUCAAUCCACUCAAGGAUGUGUUUCUAGACUGGCAAGACAAUCUUUUGCAUCGAUUUCUGCCGGAGCGCCGGGAUCAGCCACAUCCAUGGCCGACCAAACCAAGCGCUUACGAGUUGAUUGCUGGGGAAUUUGUGGAUCAAGCCAAGUUUCUGGCCCGGCAUCUCCUGCGAGCAUUGUCUGAGGGUCUCGGCUUAGGCCCGGACUAUUUGGAGGGGGAGUUUGGUGAGCACAACGUGGCGCUGCGGCUCAAUUAUUAUCCUCCUUGCCCGAGUCCUGAGCUUGCAAUUGGACUGAGUAGUCACUCCGAUGUUGGUGGUCUCACGAUUCUCUUGCAGGACAGUGAUAUCGUCGGACUCCAAGUGAAGGUCCAGGAGAAGUGGAAGACGGUCAGGUCGGUUCCUGGUGCUCUUGUUAUCAACAUUGGCGACCAGCUUCAGAUUUAUAGCAAUGGAAAGCUCAAGAGCGUCGAGCACAGAGCGAUCGUAAAUGCCGAUAAAGCUCGGGUAUCAGUCGGGCUCUUCUACGAUCCAGCUUCCGACGUUAGAGUAUCUCCGAUUCCCAAGUUUGUAGACACGGAGCAUCCAGCGGCCUACAACCCUUGCGUGUUUAGAGAGUACCUGAAGAACCUCUACUCUAAGAACUUGGUGGGCAAGGAAUUGCUGGAAUCCCAAAGGAAAUAGCCUUGGAAGUGGAUGUUUUCAGGAGUGAGAGUUUGGCAGGUCAAGGUGAUUCUCAGCCUGAAAAGAUGUUUUAAGGUGGCUACUAGUGACCGAACUCCAAUCCAUGUAAUUGUCAUUCUUUUCCUCAUGCUUCAUGAUCUGCUGGAAUGUCAACAAUGUGCUAAUGAGCAUCAAAGACUC